UAAUAUUCCUCUUGAAAUCUAACUAGCUAGCAGGCAAACAGUGAAAUUGUUCAUAAAGGAGAUAUAUUAAAAUAUUGGUACAACCUCAUAUCCGGUGCUCUAUCCGGCGAAGUAUCUUGAAAACCUCGGAGCAAAUUUUUAAAUAUUUUUAUUUUUAAUAUUCUAACAACAACAUUGUUAUUAAUUCAUUCGUUAAGACCCAAAGUCGAAAUGAAUUUUUCGUAAGAUCUACUAAAGCAGUUAAGCUACGCCAUAGUGUCAAGAAGUAUUAGAGUGAACCUGCUGUGGUGCCAUAAUAUAAACACAUGGUCGUAAGGGAGACGACCCAAAACAACGACAUUCGAACGUUUCGUGCACAGUUGCUGCAUAUCGAACCUUAUAAUACAACUGAUCCGUAUGGCCCGUGUGUUGAAGAUACGUUUUCAGAAUUUUCCUUGAAUAACAGACAAUCAAUUCUGCUUGCUAUAGACGAGAUGUGGAUGUUAAGACUUGCGCGUCACGCACAUGUGUUUAUUUUUGGCGGUGUGAACCAGACAAAAUAUUAUCAACCACGACAUAUACAAACCCGCAAGGGAAAAAGGAUUCAAAACGCUUAACGAGUUAUAGAUAAAAAUCAAAAUGCAAAAUCUCAUGAAAACUAAUAACCUGACCAUGAUAUCAAAAUGGUUUCCAAGCAAACAUGGUGGUAUUGGCGGGAUGAAAGAGGUAGAGCGGAACCUGGCAAAGGUUGACUGCGUGAUUGAAGUUCAUGACGCACGCGCUCCACUGAGUGGACGAAAUGCGAAAUUUCUAGAGAGGCUGCGUGUGGCUAGGCCGCAUCUUCUCGUGCUCAAUAAAUCCGACAUGAUCCCCAAACGAACGAUUGCUCCACUUGUCAAGCACAUCGUUGACACUGAGUCGAAGUCGUCCUCGCCGCUUCAUAUGGAUCCGGUAUUUGUUUCAGCCAUCCGUGACUUUAGAGUAAAAAAAAUCGUUCCAAGAUGCACGAAGCUAAUAGAAGGUUUCUUCCGUGACAACAUUGACUUCGCCAAAAUUCAACACACAAUAAUGAUUGUUGGUGUGCCUAAUGUUGGCAAGUCAUCAAUCAUCAAUGCUAUCCGCGAACGUUAUACUGGACUGAAAAAUGAAGCCACGCCAAUUGGUUCUAAACCAGGCGUCACCCGCCACGUUUUACAGACGAUACGUAUAUCGGAAUCACCUAAAAUUUACCUUGUGGACACACCUGGUGUUCUAGAAGCGAAUCCAGUAGCGUACGAGAACGCUCUGCGAUUGGCGCUAUGCGGCUGUGCGAUUGAUAAGGAAGUUGGUGUGCAGCUUAUGGCAGCGUAUCUCUUGCAGUUCAUGCAAAGUCGUGGUACGCAUUAUAAUAAUAAUCAUGGUAUUUACACUUACUGCAAUUACAUGGGACUUGAUUUGCCGACAGAUGAUCUAAGAACUUUGCUGACUUCAUGCGCUACUAUGCUUAGUUCGAAAAGAAAGGUCCGCAACAUAUACGAUUCGACAGGCGGGUACAGUUACAAAAUGGAUCUGGACGCUGCAGCGGCGCACUUCAUUUUUGGAUUUCGAAGAGGAAUAUUUGGGAGAAUCCUCUUGGACACUGAGGGUCUCCCAGCGGGAAUGCCCUGUUGGGAAGCUGAUGGCUAUACACCAGCAAGUAUACUACCAUGAACAGAGUGGGCCGACUUGCUGUAGAGUCCGUUGCAGUCAGUGAAAAAUCGCUUUUUAGCAUGGAAUGAGCAGAGAUAGUUGGUUUUGGCGUUUUAAAUCUAGUACCGAAGGCUAGCAAGCCUGCUAUCCUUCUAGACCCUCCUGCUAUAGAUCAGUAUUUGCUGAUCUAUAAUGACACAAUGUAUGAUGUAGAUGAGUAGUGGGUAGCAAUCAUUAUGGAUGAGCUUUGGAAAGACAAAGAAACGUUUCCUAGAGCAUAUAGAAUCAGUACAAGUGUAUUCAUUCAAUCAAUGAUUUUGGAUGAGCUCGCAUGAUCAAACUGAUUUAAUAUUCUCUCUCUAUAUAAUCGUCUCUGAAACUACACAAUUACUAGUGUUAAACUUGUUGUAUUUAUACAAAAGAUGCUAGGAUUUACUGUAUAGGUUGCAAGGUAAGAUGUUAGCAGAAAUAGAAAUUUUAUACAUUUUGUGAAUAAAACAAAUAGUUGCCAUAACUUUCCUAUGAUCUUUUCCUUUGAGUGUUAAGAAUGUCUAAGCUGUUAACAGACAAAUAGGGAUCUCCUUUUGAACCCGUAUACAUAUGAUUGAACUACUCAUCAUUGCACUAUUGCG